AUGGCUCCGGCGGCAAUGGAGGUCGCCCCAGCGCCCGUGGCCGUCGUGGCAGUGCCGUUCCCGGCGCAGGGGCACCUCAACCAGAUGCUGCACCUGUCGCUCCUGCUCGCGUCCCGGGGCCUGGACGUGCACUACGCGGCGCCCGCGCCGCACGUCCGCCAGGCGCGCGCGCGCGUGCAGGGCUGGGACGCGCGCGCCGUCCGCUCGCUCCGCUUUGCCACCCUCGACAUCCCGCCCUACGCCACGCCGCCGCCCGACCCCGACGGCCCCAUGGCGUUCCCGGGCCACCUGCAGCCGCUCUUCGACGCGUUCUGCGACCACGCCGCGGCCCCGCUCGGGCGCCUCCUCGAGGAGCUCGCCGCCUCGCACCGCCGCGUCGUCGUCGUGCACGACAACCUCAUGGCCUUCCCCGCGACGGAGGCGUCGCGGCUGCGCAACGGCGAGGCGUACGCGCUCCAGUGCGUGGGGCAGUCGUUCGGCACCGGGUUCAAGGACCCCAGCCACCGCCUGGUGCGCGCGCUUGGCCUGCCCGUCCCGUCACCUGAGUCCUUCCUCACCCAGGAGUUCAUGGCGCUGGUGGAGCGGCAGGGCGGGCUCGGCGUGCCGAGCGCCGGGCUGCUCCUCAACUCGUGCCGCGCGCUCGAGGGAGAGUUCAUCGACGCGCAAGCCGAGACCCUGUCCCUCGACGGCAAAAGGCUGUUCUCCAUCGGCCCAUUAAACCCACUGCUGGAAUUGGACGCGACCACGCCCACCCCGUCGGUGCAGCCGCGCCACGAGUGCAUGGACUGGCUUGACAAGCAGCCGACAUCAUCGGUGCUGUUCCUAUGCUUCGGCACAAUGACGUCUUUGCCUGGCAAACAGAUCGGGGAGCUGGCCGGCGCGCUGCAGAGCUGCGAGCAGCGGUUCAUCUGGGUGCUGCGCGACGCCGACCGCGCCGACAUCUUCGCGGAGGCCGGCGAGAGCCGGCACGCCAAGCUGAUGUCCGAGUUCACAAGGCGGACCGAAGGGAGGGGGCUGGUGAUCACCGGGUGGGCGCCGCAGCUGGAGAUCCUGGCGCACGGCGCCACGGCGGCGUUCGUGAGCCACUGCGGCUGGAACUCACUGCUGGAAGGGCUGAGCCACGGGGAACCGAUUCUCGCGUGGCCCAUGCACUCCGACCAGCCGUGGAACGCGGGGUACGUGUGCGGCCACCUCAAGGCCGGGAUCGUCAUGAGGCCGUGGGAGAAGAGCAGGGAGACGCUGCCGGCCAAGGACAUUCAAGAGGUCAUCAAGAGGGCGAUGGACUCCGACGAAGGCAUCGCCGCGCGGAGUGCGGCGAAGGCGCUCGCCGAGGACGUUCGUGCCGCCGUGGCGAACAGUGGCUCGUCGUGCGCGGACAUGGAGGAGUUCAUCGCUCGCAUCACAAAGUGA